AUGGGGCUCAAUCCGGCCGCCCCCCCGCCCCGGGCGCCGCUGGAGCCGCCCCCCCCGGGGUGCGUGCGGCUGCUGCCCUGGGAGCCGCCGGCAGAGGGCGCCGCGGAGCUGGAGAGCGCCUGCCCCGGGCGGGCCCGAGGGGCGCGGGGGGAGCUGGCGGUGCGGCUGCGGGGGCUGCAGCAGGCCCAGCUCUGGAGCUUCCCCCCAGGCCCCCCCUCCCCCCCCCGGAACAGGGCCCUGCCCCCGCUCCAGCAGGCCUGGAGCCCCCCCGAGAAACGGACCUUCCCCCCCAAGCGGGGGGUGCAGCUGAAGCGGGGGGCGCUCCCCCCCGAACCCCCCCCCCCGGCCCCACCCGACGAGAUGCCCCCCCCCGGCAAACGCCAGCGGAGCCGCAGCCCCGAGCAGGUGCCCCCCCCGUUCCCGUUGCCCCACCAGGGGCUGUGGCCCCCCCAGCAUGGGGACGCCUGGACACCCCCCCCCCGCCUCGGGCCCCCCCUAGAGAGACAGGACCAGCGCAGCCUGGCGGCCCCCCGCCCCCCCCCGCCGCCCCCCGGCCCCUCGGAAGUGACCUUAGGGGGCGGGGGGUCCGGGCGGGCGCCGCCCCCCCCCUCACCAGCACCCACCGUCUGCGUGCCUUGUGCCCCCCCCCGGGCACCCCCCCGGCACCCCCAGAGC